GGCCGAAUACUUUCGCAAGGCACUGUAUUUAGCCAAUAUUGAUCAGAGUUACCUUGUCCUAUGGAUAUCUACACAGUUAUAAAAUUGGCACGGUGGUGUAAGCCUACACGGAACACAGACCUUAUUUUAAGUGAGUCUAAAAAUAUCCAAUGGACUAAAUGAAUAAAGGAACCGAUUUUCAGAUUUUGCUAGAAGGUGUCAUGGGAAAUAUGACUCGCACUUUGGUAGUCAAUUCUUACCAUGUCCAUUAUUAAAAUAGGAUUUCCUGCAUAUAGAAAUGACAGUUUUUGUUUUCAACAUUCAUCACAGUUAACUUAAAUUUAUUCAAACAGUUGAGAGUAUUUGUCUCCUAAGCAGACUCUCCAGUAGCAUUGUUACUUCAGAGCUGUGUGUGUUUACAGAUGGCAGAGAAAAGCAGAGCACCAGUGUGGGACUGUUACAUGGAAUUGGCACCAGGGAAAGCAAGGAUGCGGAGGUUUGCCUACUGUAAGGUGGUUCUGGCCACCUCCCUGGUGUGGGUGAUGUUGGACAUGUUCAUCCUGCUCUACUUCAGCGAGUGUAAUAAGUGUGAUGACAAGAGGGAGAGGGGCCUGCCAGGCAGGGACGAUACAGUAUUGCGUCCCAGGGAGGGUCCAGGAGAAGGCGGUAAACCUGUGGUGAUUUCUAAAGAGAACCAGGAGAAGAUGAAGGAGAUGUUUAAGAUCAACCAGUUUAACCUGAUGGCCUCGGAGAUGAUCGCAUUCAACAGAACCCUGCCUGAUGUCCGCCUGGAGGGCUGUAAGAAUAAGCUGUAUCCAGACGAUCUGCCUCGUACCAGUGUAGUGAUCGUGUUCCACAAUGAGGCCUGGUCCACUCUGCUGCGGACCGUCCGCUCUGUCAUCGACCGCUCCCCCAAGUCUCUGCUGGAGGAGGUGGUACUGGUGGACGAUGCUAGUGAGAGAGACUUCCUGAAGCGGCCGUUAGAGCAGUAUGUCAGGAGGAUGGAGGUUCCAGUCAGAGUGGUGAGGAUGGAACAGAGAUCUGGACUGAUCAGAGCUCGACUGAAAGGAGCCUCACUCUCCACCGGACAGGUGAUCACGUUUCUAGAUGCUCACUGUGAAUGCACCAUUGGCUGGCUGGAACCUCUACUGGCCCGCAUCAAACUAGACAGGUAUGUUACACACCCACAGGCACAUCACACACACACACACACCACAUACAUACACCACACACAUACACGACACACACUCCACACACACACACACACACACACACGCUGGGUGUAA